AUGGCGGACGACGACGAGGACGCGUCUUCCGCGGACGACAAGAGCACCGCCGACUCCUCCGCCGUGAGCACCGUCGACAAGCCCGGGGCAGGCGGCGGUGGGAGGACGCUGGUGACGCUCCUGCUGGUCGUCACGUUCCUCGUGCUGUUUGGCGGCGCCGCUGUCUAUGCCUUCGUGCUCAGCGGGGGUGGCGACGAGUCGGCAGCCAACGCGACGGCCAAUGGGACGGCCAAUGCAACCGCUGGGGGAGGUCCGGACCAGCCGGUGGAAGCGCUCACUUCAGAUAAGACCGAGACUGUGCCAUCCACCGAUCCUGUGUCGCCCCCCAAUCCUGUGUCGCCCCCCAAUCCUGUGCCGCCCCCCGAUCCUGUGCCGCCCGUCGUUCCUGUGCCGUCCCCCGAUCCUGUGCCGCCCGUCGUUCCUGUGCCGUCCCCCGGUCCUCUGCCGCCCCCCAAUCCUGUGCCGCCCCCCAAUCCUGUGCCGCCCCCCAAUCCUGUGCCACCCCCCAAUCCUGUGCCACCCCCCAAUCCUGUGCCGCCCCCCGUUCCUGCGAAUCACACCAGUAAACAGCGGUCCCUCAAUCUUCAGCAGCGCAAUCAACCCGUCCAGCCCGACAAUUCCCUCAUGGAAGAGCGACAGACUGAAGAUAAACCAGCAGGGGCAAGCGUGGUCGAGCCGCGCGAAGGACAGGCGGGUGACAACAGCACAGCGGACUACGAAGCCAUCACGUCCCGAAGCACGGCCACCGCUCAAUAA